AUGGCCUGGACACAGCUGCCUCGCCGGGCGCGGGCCCCUUUCGAGGGGCGGGUCUGGGGCAGUGUGGGUGCCGCUCGCCCCGGCUGUGGAGCCCAGACCGGGCUUCGUGCGGGGUCCCCGGCACCCGAGGGCCGGUCCGUCCAACCUCUUUGCCCCUCGCGACCCUGCUUCCCCGCGUCAUCGCAACGGAGAUGGAACCCCGUGGAACCCCGGCUGCUUUCUGUCUCCACCCAUCUCUGCGUGUACUGCGGGGGGGGGGGGGGCCCAAGAUUCCGGCAGAGCACCCCGUUCCCUCCAGACAGUGGCCGGCUGCUGGAGGAGCACUUGCCCAGCAGGGCCCGGACCGGAGACGGGGCCUCUGGUGGUGCCCCUACUGAGCACCCUGAUCCGAGGCCUGGGCGCUCCUGCGGGGCGGGUUACCCGUCGGGGUGCGGGACCCACCUGGGACCCACCCCAUCACGGGGGUGCCUGGCCUGGCUCCCGGGAGGGGACGAGCUGGCCAGUCUCCCACCCGAGCCCUCGCUGGCUGCCUUCAUCCUGGAAGGCUUCGUCUACGGGCAGGUGUAUGGAACAGGAGCGGAUCUUGAAAAGGGCUUUUCGCUCAAAAAGAGCAGCUGCUCGUGGCUGCCCGUCCGGGGCUCCGUGGGAGCUCCGAAGUGCCACAGCAGGACCCUGACACGGGGGACCCCGAGCAUCCCCGGAGGUGUUUCUCUUUCCCUGAAGAAGGGGAGCCUGCUUAACCCUGAGAGGCCCCAAAACCAAGACCCAGAAAGGGGGCCUUGGGGACGCCCGACCAUCGCACGCCCGCCCCGCUGCUCACGGCACGCCCUUGGUGAGAAGUUCUUCCGCUUUCCCUGCCUGGCCCUGGUCUCCAGCGCUUCCUGACUCCGGGGUGCUGUCCACUCGGAGUCCCCUGGGGUCAGGCAGGGGCACACCCGCUGGCCUCCUGGUGCUGUCGACCUGGGAUCCCGGGCCCACACUCAGGCUCUGCGUCCAGGGACCUGCCCAAAGGGGCAUCUGCUUGCUCCCGGCAGAAGCCAGGCUGGGCCAUCACCCGGACCCCAGAAGGGGUGGGCAGGACAGAAGGCCCCGGAGUCCCCUCCUGGCCCCCAACCCCUUCCUCGCCCACUUGGAAACGCAGCCACAAGCAUCAGCGCGAUUCAACAGCUGUUUAUUAAAGGUGCAUGUGAGA